AUGGCUGAUAUUGAGCAGAGAGACCUCUACAUGGUUGCACAGGCAUUGCGUGAUGCCUACUACAUCAACACACUUACGGAUAUUAUUCCUUCCAAUGCUGAGCAGGAACCUGAAGGGCAAUUCGCUUCUAAUACCAGCAUCUCGGAGUCUUUCGAUGAUUCAUUCAUACUGGCGGAAAACUUAUAG